AUGUCUUCUCUAUCGUUGCCUGCCACAAUUCGUCUCCCACAUCCAUAUCUCACCACCUACCGAAUCCACGAGGUCAGCAACAGCCAUGCGCCAACGCGCUAUGGCACCAAGCUCCUCCAGAUAAAGCAUGAACCGCGAACGUCAGGAACUCCAACGCAGAAAGAUGGUCAAGCUGCUCCUGAGCAGCUGCAUAGCGAUGUCAGCUUCUCAAAUCCCGCUCAAGAUCAGAGACAAGAUCAGCUUCCUCCGGAAUCCAACAACUUCUUCUGGGGCCGUGUGAGGCGGGCUCCCAAGAGCGACGUUGUCUGGAAUGAGCCACAUGCCCCAACCGUCGCUCAAGCAUGGUUGAUCGUAUAUGCUCUCUUCUCGCUGCGUCCAGAGCUGGAAUACUUCCGGCUUGGACUUGUCGGUGUCGGAAGCAAGAAGCUGGCAGAAGACCUCAAGCUUGUCCACCUGGCAUGCCAACAUCCAUUACCCGAGAGCAAGACUAGCACGGAUCCAGAGGCAUACACGGACGAGCUGGUCUUGCUGCGAAGCACUUUCUGGCAGGGCGCCGGCUCGCCGUUCGGUCCUCGUCCAGUGUGGGCUCCAACGACCAAUGCAGUUUCCGGCAAGACUCUGUCUUCCUACCCUCUCCAUCCCGUCGAUUUUACGGCAACGUGCAAGUUCCCACACGAGAGAGUCCACGCUGUCCACCCGCGACGACCACAGAAGCCUCAGGGCGGAUCGAUCAUCUACAGCAGAUACAUCCCGCAUCUUGACCAACAUUUCAGCAUCUUCGCGCUCGACUACCAGAAUGACGAGCAUCUCCGCCUCUUCAACCAAUGGCAGAACGAUCCAUUUGUUGCUGCGGGUUGGGACCAGACCGGCACCCUGGAGCAGCACAGAGAAUAUCUUCAAAAGCUGCACGAAGAUCCGCAUGUCAUCACAGUGCUUGCCAAAUUCGACGAUACGUGGUUCUCAUACCACGAACUCUACUGGGGCAGGGUACGUCCUCAAAUCUUUACCCCACCCUUCCACAUGUAGACUCACAUUUGUUCUCAGGAGGACCACUUUGGCGUCUACUGCCACGCCGGCGACUACGAUCGCGGCCGACACUCCUUGGUGGGAGACACACGCUUCCGCGGUCCUCACCGGGUCUCGGCAUGGUGGUCCUCCAUCAUCCACUUCCUCUUCCUCGACGAGCCUCGCACCCAGGUGGUCAUUGGCGAACCCAGAGUCACCAACACUGUGUCCAUCUCAUACGACCUCAUGACAGGCUUCAGCACCACCAAACAUGUCGAUUUGACGCAUAAGAGGAGUGCGGCGCAAAAGUUGGGUCGGGAGAGGUUCUUCCAGCUGUGUCCGUUUCAUUUCGAAGGGACGACGAAUGUGGGCGGUACGAAUAUCAAGUUGUUCUCGAAGCUCUGA